CGGGAGUUCUUGGGGCAUCUGCUGAAGCCGGCAGCGAUGGCGACGUUGGUAGAGGAGUUUGUGUCCCGGCAAGUGGAGUUGCUAAGGGAGGAAAAAGAGGCUGAGAUUUCGGAAGCAAGGGCAUGGCAAGAAGGCAUCUCCCUGAAAGAGCUGCAACGUAGAGGAGUUUGCUUAUUGAAACUUGAACUAGCGUGUCAAAAAACUGGGUUAUAUGGCCAUCUGCUUGUAACUUUACAGCCUCAAAAACAUGGCUUAGAGACAGAGUUACCCUCCAAUAGUUUUGGGCCUGGUGACAUAGUGGGACUUUAUGAAGCAGCUGGACAAAAUAAUCAGAUCUGCACAGGAAUUGUCGCCCGGAUGGCCUCCAGUUCAAUUACUAUUGCAAUUGAUGAGCCUCAGAGUAACCUUGUAAGUUUAGAUCAGGAGAAUUUGUACCGUCUGUUGAAACUUGCCAAUGAUGUUACAUACAACAGACUCAAAAGGGCUUUAAAUACACUUAAUCACUAUCGGUCUGGUCCAGCAUCUGAUCUUAUUGAUGUGCUGUUCUGUUCUUCUGAACCUAGUGGUGCCAGUGAUACAAAGCUUUUGAAGUUCUACAAUGAAUCACUGGAUGCCUCUCAGAAGGAGGCUGUUUGCUUUUCACUGGCACAGAAGGAACUUGCUAUCAUCCAUGGACCACCUGGAACUGGCAAGACGACAACUGUGGUGGAGAUAAUACUCCAAGCUGUGGAGCAAGGCUUGAAAGUUCUCUGUUGUGCUCCCUCUAACAUUGCAGUUGAUAACUUGGUGGAAAGACUGUCUGACCAUAAGGUGCGGAUCCUUCGUCUUGGUCGCCCGGCUCGUCUCCUGGAGUCUGUACAGCACCAUUCACUUGAUGCUGUCUUGUCGCGUGGGGAUAAUGCCCAGAUUGUAUCAGAUAUCAGGAAGGAUAUUGAUCAAGCAUUUAUGAAAGCCAGGAAGACCCAAGACAAAGGAGAGAGAAAACACUUUUUAAAUGAAAUUAAGAUACUGAGAAAGGAACUGAAGGAGCGAGAAGAAAUGGCUAUGUCUGAAACCGUGCAGCAAGCUCAUGUUGUUCUUGCAACAAACACAGGUGCCUCUUCUGAUGGUCCGCUGAAGCUACUGCCUGAGAACCACUUUGAUCUCGUGGUGAUUGACGAAUGUGCUCAAGCUCUUGAAGCAAGCUGUUGGAUCCCACUGCUGAAGGUCAGGAAGUGUAUCCUGGCUGGUGAUCACAAACAGCUGCCUCCCACAAUCAUUUCUCACAAGGCUGCCACAGAAGGUCUUUCUCUUAGCUUAAUGGAACGGCUGAUUCAGAAAUACGGGGACCGUGUUGUGAAGAUGCUCACUGUGCAAUACCGAAUGCACCAAGCCAUAAUGCAGUGGGCUUCAACUGAGAUGUACAAUGGUCGCCUCUCAGCUCACUGCUCUGUCGCACAACAUUUAUUGAAAGACUUGCCAGGAGUGGCUCCCACAGAAGAGACCAGUGUCCCAUUGCUGCUUAUAGAUACAGCUGGCUGUGGCUUAUUUGAGCUUGAUGUGGAAGAAGAACAGUCUAAAGGAAAUCCAGGUGAGGUACAUCUUAUCGGCUUGCAUAUAGAUGCUUUGGUAGAAGCUGGUGUGAAGGCCAAAGAUAUAGCCGUCAUUGCUCCGUACAAUCUUCAGGUGGACAUGCUAAGAAAACAUCUGUGUCAUAAGCAUCCAGAGCUGGAGAUUAAAUCAGUGGAUGGCUUCCAAGGAAGAGAAAAGGAGGCUGUUGUUCUUUCUUUUGUGAGAUCCAAUAGAAAAGGUGAAGUGGGAUUCCUUGCUGAAGACAGGAGAAUCAAUGUUGCGGUUACCCGGGCCCGGCGUCAUGUGGCUGUAAUCUGUGACUCUCGCACUAUUAGCAACCAUAGUUUUCUUAAACGGCUGGUAGACUAUAUGAGCACCCACGGCGAAGUGCGCACUGCCUUUGAAUACCUGGAUGACAUUGUACCAGGAAACUAUACUCCCAAGAACCCUCUGGGUCCCCGUGACCAGGAAAAGAGACUUAAAGACAGCACUGCCCCAGUCCCAAAGGCUCUUGGAGAGAAACCAAGAGGAAGACCAGCCCAAAAGCCCAGGGUGAGGCCAGCAGAAUGUUCCUUGAAAAACACAGGCGAAGUCACAACAUCAGGAACCAAAGAGAAUGAAAACUCAUGUAAACAUAAAGCAAGAAUAUUGGAGUUUCUGGACAGUAAUGAGACCCAGCUGGAUUUCCCUUCCUCCUUAAACGCUCACGAUAGAAUGCUUAUCCAUCAGUUGGCCGAAGAAUACGGGCUGCAGCACGUAAGCACAGGAGAAGGCAGCGCACGAUACAUAAGUAUUCGUAGGAGAGCUUCUACCACAAAAUUAUCCUUGGGAGAUGCUGUGGUUUGUAAACAUGAGUUAACUCAGAGCCCUCCAAAAGAAAUGCACGCCCACAGUGAAGAGGGGGGAAGCAGCCCUGGCACAGGGGCCACAGAUCUGAAAACGUUGCACAUGGAACGGAUUCAAAGAGAGCGAGCCAAGAAGGAUGAGAGAGCAAAACAAAGCCAAGAAUCAAAUGCAAACCUUCAGGAAAUAAUUGGGAAGAAAGACAAAAAUGUUGGAGGAAAGGCUACUGGUAAAUCAAAAAAGGAAACUGCAACCGAAGAAGACUUUGAUGCCAUGAUCUCAGCUGUAAUUAAGGCUGACAGCACGUGCAGUCUCUUCAAGUGCAAAGCCAGCGUAACAACCCUGGGCCAGCUCUGCCUGCACUGCAACAGACGCUACUGUCUCAGCCACCAUAUCCCAGAGAUUCACGGGUGUGGGGAGAAAGCCAAAGCACAUGCCCGGCAGAGAGUCAGCAAGGAAGGAAUUCUCUAUCCUGGGAGUGGGUUGAAAGACAAGUCCUUGGAUCCUGCCAAGAGGGUGCACCUCCAGAGACGCCUGGAUAAGAAACUCAGUGAACUGACCAACCAGCGAAAGAGCAAAAAGAAAGACAAAGAGAAAUAAGAUGAUCCGUGACUUUGGAAAGAAAUUAACCCCAACAAGCUGUCCUUUAAAGCAGCAUAUUCAAAUUUUGCAGGAAAAAGCCAAUAAAGUUUUUGAACAUUUG